UUCCAGAAUAUUUUACCACUUUUUAAAAUACCUUACUCAUAUAAUAACAACAAUAAUACGAUAUCAAACAUAACGCCAGAGAGUCUCCCAAACUUUUCACUAUACUUUCCGAACUUGCUUCUAACUAUUACAAGACCACCAUUCACGUAGCAUUAGUUCACUAUAUAAACUUUUUUGGCAUAUUGGCUACUAUAAUAUAAAAAAACUUUUUUCAUUUUUAAAAAAAAAAAAAAAAUUUAAAGGACAAUGAAUAGCCACAUAAGUAGAACAUCAACUUUCUCUGCCCCUGUGGUGCAGAGCAGGCUCGAACACCACCAUCAUCAACAACAAAUGACAGAAGCAAGAAAUCAAUUUCAUCAAAGGUCAAAGUCUUUAAAUAAUAAAGGAAAGCGCGGUUUUUCUUAUAGUCAUCAACAAAAAGUAAAGGAGACUACUAUUUCAUCUUCCUCAUCUUCCGAUUAUUCUCGUAAUACCAACAAAAAUUUUUCGAAUUACAAUAAUUUUGAUUCGUCAUAUCAUAGAGAACAAAAUGUUGGAUUUAGUAAUAAUAAUAUUAAUAAUAAUUUUUUGGUUGAUAAUGGUUCUGUCGGUCAAUUGCAAAGAAAAACGAGUACUUCGAAUAGACCUACAAGAAGACAUCAACAUAGUGAUUCUGUUGAUGAAGAUAAAUUUAGAGUCGUUCCUGUCGUCUCAAUUCUUAAGAGACCUCAAUCUGCUACCGAUUUUGUUAAAUCUUCUAAUACAAAAUCAGUUUCUUCUCUCGAUGUUACUAAAGAGGAACAGAUUGUUAAUAAUUAUCGUUCUAAUAGUUGGGAAAAAUCUUCUCCUCAACAACGUUCUCAAUCAAAGGAACGUCGUCGUUCUGACGUUACUCCUUCAAGGUCUAAGCAUACUCAACGUAAAGAGAUUAAAUCUAUAGGAUACGAAACCGACUUGGUUCUUAACAACCAACAACUUUCAGGUUCAUGUGACGAAUCUGAUGUAAAUAGUAAUAAAUAUGUGAAGUCAGCGUCAUCAUCUCAUAUUAAUAAUACUACUACUACUACUCCACCACAAUCAAACAACGCUUUUAUUUUUCCUCCUCUUAAUUACUCUAAUGCUAUUAUCGCGCUUGAGGAAGGAAUGAAUAGUAAUAAAAAAGAAGACACAUACUCAAAUUCCGAUGAUAAUAUUACUAUUAAGAGCUCUCUUGCCAAUAAGAAUUAUAUCGAAUCUACUCCACGUCGUCUUUCAAGUACUGCCAUUGAAUUACAAAGUCAAGUUUCUCGUUUCGCUUCUGAUUCGGAUUCUGAUUCUCCUCGUAGACCUGGUGGUGCUCCUAAACUUUAUGCAGGUCCUACUUUCCAUAAUUCACCUGCCCCAAGUGAUUUACCAAUGCCAUCAUUCUUUGGUAAAUCAUCUUUACCAAAAGAAUCUAGUCCCUUAUCAGUCAACAACUUGUUCACGGUUCCAGAAAAUAUGUCAAGCGUUCAAUCCAGUCAGGAUAAUUAUUCUUCACCUUCAUCUGGUAGCUCUUCUGAUGAUGAAAUCUUUUCCAUGGAUGAACUUGAACCACCAAAAGGUCCUUAUUAUUAUUCCCAAACGUCUACUUUGAGAAAACAAACAUCUCAAGAGCUUUUACGUAUCUUAUCAGCUACCAAUACUCGUCAACAUCAAACUGCUGCAGCUUACAUGGUUCCUGAACGUAUGGCCACUGCUCAUAAUCCCAUGCAUGUUUAUCCUUCCAAUGAUUUAAAUGAGCUUUCAGAAAAUCUCAGAAGUUUGUUGAAAAUUCACGGGCAGUAAAAAUUAAAAUUAUAUGUGGAGAAAGAAGAGAAAGUGAGAAGUAGUGUCUUCUCGUGUAGAAUGUGUCUAGAUAUUAUUACUAUUCAAGGGAAACAUGAAUUGACCUCUCUGUUUCACCUUUCCUCUUCAAUGCGGCGAUAUUAUUAAAAAAAAAAAAAAACAAAAAAAAAAAAAA